AUGCGCCGCGUGUUUACUUCGGUCAACUCCCGAAUAAUGUCCAAAAACAAAGGAAAGGCGAAAGCAGCCGCCGAAAGUUCCAGUACAAAAUCCACGCCGGCGCCCAAGGAACUCAAUCCCAUCAGCGUGGACAAGAGUGGGAAUAUAUGCAUACAGAUUCUGGCCAAGCCCGGGGCCAAACAAAAUGGAAUCACCGGCAUUAGCACCGAGGGAGUGGGCGUUCAGAUAGCCGCUCCGCCCAGCGAAGGAGAAGCCAAUGCGGAACUGGUCAAAUUUCUAUCGAAAGUUCUGGGACUGCGAAAGAGCGACGUCUCCUUGGACAAAGGUUCUCGAUCCCGCAACAAGAUAAUACUCAUUACGAAAGGAGCAAUCACAACAGAAGCAGCAGAACAGCUUCUACGCAAAGAAUCCGAAUAAGAGAAUAAAAAUUGAUUUUAAACACA